GUCUGAUAUUCCACCAAUUGUCUUUGUUUUUGUAUCCUCCAUCCACUACAAUGUGAGCCAGUCUCUGACCGUCUCCUGUACUAUGUCCGCAGUCUCUGGUCAUCUCCUGUACUGUGUCCGCAGUCUCUGGUCAUCUCCUGUACUAUGUCCGCAGUCUCUGGUCAUCUCCUGUACUGUGUCCGCAGUCUCUGGUCAUCUCCUGUACUAUGUCCGCAGUCUCUGGUCAUCUCCUGUACUAUGUCCGCAGUCUCUGGUCAUCACCUGUACUGUGUCCGCAGUCUCUGGUCAUCUCCUGUACUAUGUCCGCAGUCUCUGGUCAUCUCCUGUACUAUGUCCGCAGUCUCUGGUCAUCUCCUGUACUAUGUCCGCAGUCUUUGGUCAUCUCCUGUACUGUGUCCGCAGUCUCUGGUCAUCUCCUGUACUGUGUCCGCAGUCUCUGACCAUCUCCUGUACUAUGUCUGCAGUCUCUGGUCAUCUCCCGUACUGUGUCUGCAGUCUCUGGUCAUCUCCUGUACUGUGUCUGCAGUCUCUGACCAUCUCC